AUGCUUCUGCACACUGGCAAAAAGGUUGGGAACUACUGCACAAAUAAUCACGAAAACACGACGCGAGCUGCGAACAGAGCAAGUGCUGGAGAGGGAGCGCGGCUGGAAACAAGGCCCCGUGGAUCUUCCGCUAAACCAGGACACUUGCAAUUUCUACUGCUGAAGUCCUCUUGUGGAUUUUCUUUUGGUACGUGGAGGGGUGCAGUAGCGCUGCUGACGGACAUACUGCUUGGUGGAAUCAACGCAGGUUGUUGUGUUUAA